GCCCAAAUCUCCCGCCUCUCUGUUGGGCCAUUAAGUUAAUUCAGAAACCCUAGAAAUCAUAUUAGCGGAUAGCUGAGAUCUUCGAGGUCGGUUUUACACGUUUGAAGCUGAUUCUUGGCCAGGGUAAUGGCGCUCAAGCAGAAGUCUGGUGAAACUGCGAGGGAAGCAAAGAAGAGGCGGCUGGUCGGCUUUGCGAAGACUGAUGAAGGUGUGGAGGCAAAUAAGUGCAUUAAGAUAUUCCUUGUGAGCAGUAAAGAUGAAGUAGGUGCAAAAGAUGGCUUUUGUAUCGACCCAAUGGACCUUAAUCAGUUUUUUGGUGAAGAUGGCAAGAUAUAUGGCUACAAAGACUUAAUGAUUAACAUAUGGUUGAGCUCUGUAUCUUUUUAUGCAUAUGCUGAUAUUUCAUAUGCAAGCGCAGUUGAUGGAGGCAAGGGGAUUACGGAUUUAAAGCUGGCUCUUCAGGAUAUAUUCGGUGAAGCAUUACUUGAGAAAAUUGAUUUCCUUCAAACAUUUUCCACAGAGAGUCAUUGUGUUAGAAGUAUUAUUUCAGCUGGAACUGUUUUGCGGUCUUAUUCUAUCAAUGAAGAUGCUGAGUCAUCUGAUAAUCUUUCAGACGGUUCAUUUAUUGAGCACCAGGUUGUUCGAAUGGAACUAUGCAGCUUACCUGUUGGAUUAUUGUAUAGCCGUCUCGUACCUCUUACUUUUCUUCUUAUUGAUGGCAGCAGUCCAAUUGAUGUGACAGAUUCAAAAUGGGAUAUCUAUUUUGCCGUGAAGAAAAUACAGAGCCAAACAGGGGAUUAUGAUCUAAGAUUGCUUGGUUUUGCAACUGUCUAUCGAUUCUAUCAUCACCCUGAAAGCACUCGCCUUCGACUAAGCCAGAUACUGGUAUUACCUCCUUACCAGGGGGAAGGGCAUGGCCGGCGCCUUCUUGAGGCGGUUAAUUCAGUUGCAAUAGCUGAGAAUGUGUAUGACUUGACUGUGGAAGAACCUUCGGAAUAUCUCCAGUACCUGCGGUCCUGCUUUGACACCCUUCGCCUGCUUGAUUUUGAACCGAUAAAACCAGCCAUUAACUCUGUUGCGUCAUUACUUAGGACUUGCUCUGUAUCCAAGAAGUCCUGCAAGUCACUGGCACGCCCUCCAACUCAUGCUAUUGACACUGUACGCCAAAAAUUAAAGAUCAACAAGAUUCAGUUCCUUAGGUGUUGGGAUAUCCUCAUAUAUCUCAACCUUAAUUCCAAGGACCGCAAGAUCAUGGAGAACUUCAAAGCAAGUAUCUCCACUCGUUUACAGAGUGAUGUAUUUGAUAAAGACACCAAGUCCAAAGGAAAGCUUUUGAUUGAAGUGCCAAAUGAUUAUGAUCAUGAUAUGACCUUUGUUGUAUAUUGUUCACAAAAUGGAGAAGAAUCAGACUGCUUAAAUGGAGCUCAAGCUGAUCUGGAGCAGCAGUUGAACAAGUUGGUUGAUAAGCAAUUAGAGGACAUCGUUGAGAUUGCAGAGAAGGUUUCUUCUCUAAGGAGUUAGUGAGAUGGACUGUUUAGUUAGCGCCUGUAAUGAUGUUGUGGCCUUCCUUCUCCACAGUAGUUUGUAAGCUGAAGCAGCGACGUGUUCAUAGUGAAAACUUGGCAGGUAAUUGAAAAUGUGCUAUAUUUGCUUACAUAACACAGGAACUGUAAGAUGAUCAGGUUAGACGAAGAGGUAAUGAAUUUUUGCCCUUUGCGGUUUCAUAAUCACCGGUAAUUCGAUAUCAUGUCCGAAGCGUUCAACUGGGACAAUCAUUUUCUCUGCGAGGUGAUGGAAAAAAAAUGGUUUGAGUUAUUGUUUCUUCUUUAAUUAUUUGUAGUGAUUUUUGUACUUUAGUUGCACUCUAUUGAUAUAUCUAUUUGUUUUAUGUAUU